ACCCCACGAGUCGCUCAAUGUAACGCCCACCCACCAUGGCAACUCUCGCAGCAAACGACCAGGAGAAUGCCGUCCGCCAUUUGCAGGCCGCCGCCGCGGGAAAGUCGCUCAAUGCCGGAAUCAAGAGCUUCAACGCCAAAACACCAGGAAACAAGGCCCCAAAGACGCCCUUCAAGAUCCCGCUCAACGACGAGAAUGCCGUAAACAUUGCUGGAAAGUCGGUUCUGCAGACCAAGGGCAAAGGAAACGAAUUGUUUGUCAGCAAGAAUGGGGGAAAGACGGAUGAGAACGCCUUUGUGACGCCAGCAGGUCCCCGAAUGCGUGCGCCAUUGGGAAUGAAGACAACCAACGCGAAAUCAAAGGCCUUUGCAACCCCCGCGCCCCUCUCAGCAAAGACCCAGAAACUGAGCCCGCGUCUCCGCCGUCCCAAAGUUAAAGUCCACCAGCCCGAAGCCCAGGAGUCCGAGGACGAUGUGCCCGAAGUUGAAUAUAUGCCGCCCAAGGAAAUCCCGCUCCAAGAUGACAUGGACGAAUACAUGCCCAAGGGCUGGACCAUGCCCAAGCUCAGUGACCAGGACAUUGCCCGCGGAAUCUGGCAAGCCUAUCACAACCCGGUUGAAGAUGAUGGACGUACCCGCGAGCAGCGCAAGUUUGAGGAGGAAAUUCAGCGUGACCGCAAGAAGCGUGAUGAGCAGUUUGAGAGGGUCUUUGCGGCACAGAUGGCCAAGGACGAUGCUGAGACGAGGGAGUACUAUGGUAUCAAGGCGCCGAAGAAGGAAGGACAGAGACUCCCAACUACGACUUCCACGCUGAGGAAGGCGCCAACUGGACCGUCUACGAUGCGAGCCAGGUCUGCAGCUGUCGCGCUCGCUCCCGCAUCCAAGCCGAGCUACGCUGCUCCCACGGCAGCUGCAAAGUCGCGUGUACCCACUGGACUGGUCUCGGGCAGAAAGGGAGCAAAGACGCCUACAGAGCUGAGCGCUGCUCGUCAAGCAUCCGCUGCAGCAGCAUCCAAGAGUACCAUCGGCUACGCUCAAGGCCGCGCGGGACGCACCGCUCUGGCAGCACGCAAGCCACUCUCCAACGUCACCAAGCCUGCACCUUUCUCUGCCGUCUCCCACAACCGCAGCGCGAGCACCAACAUGGGCACUACGCGCUCCCGCGGCCCCAUGUCUCGCUGCAGCUCCACUUCCACCACCGAUACAUUGGUCACGCCUCCCGAUGACGAACAGCCCGGUCGUACAGCUGAAGAUAUGGAGCGUGAGAUGGAGUUGCUGCUACUCUCGCAGUCGGAUGACGAUGAAGACGAGGCUUGGAUGAAGAGUUUCAGCAACCAGUUGCAUGCGCAUGAUCCUUUUGAGGAGGAUGUCGAGAACUUCCAGUUCCAACUUCCCGAGGGCUUCUAG